AAAUCUGACCAGGUUCUCCCCCCUGCGUCCAUUUAAAGAGGCAAACGCUGGCAGGUAGCUGUGACAUUCAAAUAGCUCGACAUUGCUUACGUGCUUGAAAUACAAGCAGCUAUCGGAGAGCAAAAGUAGAAUAACCUCGUUACACGGCUGGAAUGUUCGCUGGGAUACUUUGGCAGCUGUAAGUGAGCGAGCGACUACAUGGACUACUAGACCGAACAUGAAGAGCCUUAAAGCCAAGUUCAGGAAAACUGAUGUCAACGAGUGGAACAAAAAUGACGAGCGCUUGCUCGCUGCAGUGGAGCACAGCGAGGCGGAGAAGGUGGCGUCGCUCGUCGCCAAGAAAGGCGCCAGUCCUAUCAAGCUGGACAGCGAGGGAAAAUCUGCUCUUCACGUCGCAGCGUCACGCGGUCACAUCGACUGCCUAGCCGUCCUCCUCUCACACGGCGCUGACCCGACAGUGGCCGAUGCCGCAGGUUUAAAUCCGUUACACCUGGCAGCCAAGAACAAUCACGCCGAGUGUUGCAAAAGGCUUAUUCAGAGCAAAUGCCCCGUUGAUUCAGUUGACAGCUCAGGAAGGAGCGCUUUGCAUCACGCUGCUCUUGGUGGAAAGAUUCAGACUGUCCAAAUUCUGUGUGAACUGAAAAGUGCCGUCAACCUAAAAGACGCCGAUGGGCACAGCCCUUUGCUCCUGGCAGCCAAACACGGCCACGCUGAAGUGUGCAUCACUUUGCUGGACUGCGGCGCUGAAAUCAGCACUUUUGACAACAGUGGCAGGACGGCGUUGAUGCUCGCCACAGAGUCCAAUGCGGUGGCUGUCGUCGAAGUUCUGGUCCACAGAGGGGCAAUCCUAUCCGCGGUGGAUUUUCAUGGCCGCGAUGUCCUGCACUAUGCCAAAAUGUCCGCCAAUUGUGAGGUUAAAGCUGCGCUCACCGCUGCUCUGACCAGGCAGCUCCCUGAUGUCAAGUCUCCCAUAAGUCCUGCGCAUGAUCAAGUAGCUAAGCUAAAUGAUGAACGGAUCACAACUCCCAAAAAACGAAAAGCACCUCCACCUCCUAUUAGCUCACUGCAGAGGUCUGGAGCGUCUUCGCCUUCAGUUUCUGGAACCCCUUCAUCCAACAAAAGUGACACUCCAAAACGAUUCAAUUACAAGGAUGAUGAAGCCCGAGAGGACGAUGAGAAGCUGCGCAACAACCAGAGCACCAUGUUGCUGGAGACAAUGGACGACUCGACGAACGGCGAUGAAAUGGAUCCCAAGGUCAACCCCGGUGUUACGCCAUCGGCCGCUCUCGUUUCAGCCCUUCAAGCAAAGAUUACCGCUCUUACUCUGGAAAACCAGCAACUGGCCAAUAAUUUUAAGAAACAUCCAUCUCUCCAAGCAAACGAGGACCUGAAAGAAACCAGCCGUCCCGACAGCAUGACCUCUAACUCCUCCUUCCAUUCCACACGGGAUGACUUGGAGCUAGCCGCAGCUGUAGCUUCCACCGCCCACGCGUCGCGGGAGGACGGAAUCGAGGAGGAAGUGAUAAGGGGCGGCCAAGAGGAGACCCGACUGCUAAGACAGGCGCUCGAGAACGUCCAGAUGAAGCUGCUGGAAACUAGAAAAGAGAACCGCUCGCUUCAGGCUCUGAUAAACCCGGAGAGGAGCAGAGAAACGGGCGAGGAGGGAAGUGUAAGAGGGAAAGCCAAAGAAGAAGAGUUGAUCGAGAGUCUGGCGGAGCUGCAGGCAAAGCUCACAGACACCCAAGAGAGAUACCACCAAGCCGUGGAGGAGGUGGAGGAGUUGAGAUCGCAGAUGGGAAGCGACCUGGCCAAUCAGCGGCGAGCGUCCGCGCUCGAACAGGAAGUAAAGCAGCUGAAGGCGCAGAUCGCCCAGACGGGCUGCGAGCACGAGAAUGCGACUCAAAGAUUGAGAUAUCUGGAGGAGGCGCUGCGGAGGACCGAGGAAGAGAGCCGGAGCGCUCAGGAGAAAGAAACGAGGAUGGCAAAAAUGGAGGGGAUGUAUAAGGAGGCACAGGAGGAGAUUAGGAUGCUCCAGGAGGCUCUCAAGGGCACAGUUCCCGUGGAGGCCGCAGCUAAAGAUUUCGAGGAAAUGAAGUCCGAGCUCAACGAGGUCAUUUGCGGACUGCAGCGUCGCCUCCUGGAGUUGUCGCACUCCUACAGCGAAACACGGGCUCAGCUCGGCGCCACGCGGAGGCAGCUGGCCGAGACCGGCCGGCCGCCGUCCCCGCCCUCGGAGGAGUUGCAGCUGGAGAUGCAGAACAGGCUGGAGGAGAUGCAAACGUUGCUCGCCGACACGGAGAAGAAGUACUCUGAGGCUCUGGAGGAGAUCUCGCAGCUGAGGCAGGAGGCGGAGGUUCAGGCGCAAAGCUCCGUGGACCUCGCUGACCACGCCCAAGUGAUGUCGUCGUUGGGAAACGCCAUCAAGCAGUUGGAAAGUCAGUGUGAAGAACUGAAAGAGCAGCUCCGCCUCAAGACCUUGCAACUGGACGCUCUUCAGAACAGGCUGGCGACGGAAAAAGAAACCGUAUCAGCGGAUUCAAUCUCCGGCGAGGAGCACGGCAAAAUGCGCGAGCAGCUGGAGGGCGAGGUGAACCACCUGACGCAGCUCCUCCAGGAGGCCCUGCGGAAGCAAGACGAGAUGGCUUUGGAGGCGGCUGACGCCUGGCAGAAGGCGCGGGACAAUCGAGCAGAGCGGGAGGCCAUCCAAGAGGUUCUGACGUCAAGGGAGAAAGAGAACCAGAGCCUGACUUCCAAACUGGCCGAGUCCCAGGAUGCCGUGUGUCAGCUCAAGCAGCUGGUGGAGAAUCACGUGGCCUCCGAGAGGGAGAAGAACAAGCGGAUCAAUGACCUAUCGCGGGAAGUGGCCAAGCUAAAGGACGCCUUGAACAGCCUAUCACAGCUCUCGUACAGCUCAGGAUCGCCCUCUAAGAGACAGCAGCAGAACCAGCAGCUGGAGACCAUGCAGCAACAAGUCAAACAAUUGCAGUACCAACUCGCCGAGUCCAAGAAGCAGCACAAUGAGAUCGUGUCAGUCUACAGGAUGCAUCUUCUUUAUGCUGUACAGGGUCAGAUGGAUGAGGAUGUGCAGAAAGCCUUGAAGCAAAUCUUGAUGAUGUGCAAGGUGCCAAGUCAAACCAAGGAAGCCUGCUGAGACGCACCGAGCACGCUCCAAAGCCAACAAACCCAAAACAAACACACUGAAGUCAACCGCUGCUGCCGCCGCCAACGUCCCCCUCGAGGCCGCAACACGGCGCGCCUCUGAACUCACAUGGGUCUACUUUGCAGGAGUCACAACGACAAGUUCACGGCAAACCGCCCGAAACCCAACAUUCAUUAAUAUCAAUCAACAAGCCAACUUCCUGUGUGUACACAAACACGCGAGCUGUCACAUUGCUACGUGAAAGCAGCGACUAUGAUCCACUUCUGUUACAUGGCGUGUCCAAAAAAAAAAAAAAAAAAAAAAGCCUUAUUGGUGCUGCCAUUUAUAGCGUCUAUUUUUUACAAUUUACAACCAUGUUAUUUUUUACCUUAGCUGUCCAAAUGUGUAAUACUUUCCUUGGUACAAUCUAAAUUAUUUUUAUUGUCAUGACGGCGAAGCAUGAGAUUGUGGCCAUGUUUGCAUGAUAAUGUUUGUAACUAUUUUACUCUACUAAAAAUGUUUUUUUUUUUUUUGUCCAAGUUACUGUACUCUAAUAAGGAGGCUCUUGUUUGAAUGAGAGUUGUUUUUUUUUUUUUCGUCCUCCAAAUGUAACAAUGCACUAUUUGGCCUACUGACAUGUCUUUUUAUUCACGCCCUCUAUUGAAUUGUAAACGUUUGAAUAUUUUAGUGUCACAAAAUGAUGGGAGAUAAGCCGCAAGGGUCUCGAGUCUGCACUUAUUGAUAAGACAAUUCACGAUGGCUCCGACGUGUUUUUUGCAUCCCGGUCCAAAUGAGCUGUUUGAAUGCCAUAUUCGAGUACCGUAAUUGGAUGUCCCAUUUGCAGCACUUUUUAUGUCGUGUAUCUCCUAAAACGUUUACUACUCCGCCAUUUUUUUUUGCCUUAGUACUGUGCCAAUAGCCAUACGAUUUCAUUAGGUGACUUUUGCUGGAGUGUUUGACUGUUUAAAAAAAAAUAAUAAUAAAAGAAACAUCUGCGUGAUUUCAUGAUCAUUUUUCUCUUGUCUUGCUCAGGAAGAAUGUUCAAAACACUGCUGACAAACAUAUCUUGGGGCCCCGCCGAGAGGACUCUUGCAUGUUUUUGUAAAACAUAAUAACAUCUGGGCCUCUGAAAUAUUUUGUAUAUCUAAUGGAAAGAAAGCGCAUUAAAUUCAAGGUUGCUUGUUGUGUCUUCAGAACUACAGUUUUGUGGGGAUGUUCAGCUCAUUUUUUGUGCCCUCAGCAAUAAACCAACCACUAAAACAUCA